CUACAAUUCCCAGGAAGCAUUCGGCAGCCACAGACGGAUGUGAGGUGAGGCGGGAGCCGCGACCUUUGAAGGAAAAAAGGAAGUGCUUGGACGACAGCGAGCGGGACAAGCGGGGUCAAAGGGAGCACCAUGUCUGCGGAAGUCCCCGAGGCAGCCUCCGCUGAGGAGCAGAAGGAAAUGGAAGAUAAAGUAACUAGUCCAGAGAAAGCUGAAGAAGCAAAAUUAAAAGCAAGAUAUCCUCAUCUGGGACAAAAGCCUGGAGGUUCAGAUUUCUUAAGGAAACGAUUACAGAAAGGGCAAAAAUAUUUUGAUUCUGGGGAUUACAACAUGGCUAAAGCAAAAAUGAAGAACAAGCAACUUCCUACUGCAGCUCCGGAUAAGACAGAGGUCACUGGUGACCACAUUCCCACUCCACAGGAUCUUCCUCAACGGAAACCAUCCCUUGUUGCUAGCAAGCUGGCCGGCUGAUUAAAAGAGCUGAACUGCAUGAAUCUGCUAAUUCCCAUUAUUUUUCCUUAAUAUGUUACUUACCUACUUUUUAUUUCCUUUCAUUCACUAAGUCAUUUGAGACUGACAGCUUUGCAGGUAGCAGUAGUGUGUGCUGCUAUUGUGGAAUAUACAUGUGUAGAGUUUUUGAUUAGUUUAACAGUGCACUGGUGAAGAGGACGUGUUAGAGAAGCAUAAGUAAUCUACUUGAAAAUAAUUGUAUAUAUUACCUAACUCCUAGUGUAGUACUGGUUCUAACAAGUAACAAGCAAGUUUUAAAAUUUUAAUGUUUUGGCUUUCAUUACUUCAUCUUAAUUAUAGCUUUGUAUGUUACUCUUAUUUAAUAUAAUCUAUUGUAUUGAUUUAUUCUGUAUUUACCUUUUGGAUUUUGUAAAACAGAAGUUUAAGACCACAAGUUAGAAGAAAGGUCACGUAUUUCAAACCAACUAGAUGGGGCUUUGAAAGAUUUGUAUCUCUAUGCUUGAACUUGAAUGGCCUUAAACCUGUUUCAGCUUUAACAAUAGAAUUUUACUUGGGCAAUAUUUGCCCAUUCUGGUGUAACUUACGUGACUCUAGUUCUUAACAGCUGCCAUUGAAGCUAAUACUCUUAUUUCAGUUCUGUAGAGUUAGAAUACCUUUUGUUGUUGAAGAUGUGAAUGAAGUAUGCAUGUGCAUUGACUUGAAUUCACUUUUGUGCCAUUUUUGUAAAUACAAUAGUUUUGCACAACCUCUCACAAAUGUCUGUAUUAAUUUCACAUAUUUAAAAAAUAGAUAAUGUGCCAACCAGAAGCACAAGAGUUCUUACACAAAACUCUGUAAGUUAUUACAGCUUUUGUAUAAUAAGAGUAGUUUACAAUCUCGGGCUUAUAGAAUACCAAACUGAAAUCUUAGUUCAAUCUGCCAUAGACUUAAGCUUUUCAUUUGUUACUAACACCCAUGACAUUCAGUGGCCUUGUGCAAAUACGAUAUGUUGCUUAGGCAUAUCUUUUGUCCUAUGCAGAACCUUUCAUUUUGAUUUGUAUGAAAGUUGCAAUUCAUGUAAUUUAUAUAAACUUUUUAAAUGUAGAAACUUUUUACUUCCACACUCAACUUUGGAGACACUAGAGUAAAAGGCAUCAAUACUCUGCAUUCCAUGCCCCCGCCACCUGCCUCUCCUCCACCACCCCUGCCGCUUUGUUCUUUGACUCAAAUAGCAUUGGGCUGUUUGUUCUAUAUGGAAGCUUAGGUGUCUAUAUCCUUACUCUUUUAUAUAACACAUUACAGUAAUGAUGUUUUCCUCUGAAUUUUUUAGUUGUUAAAUAACCUCUCUGGUUUUUUGUUUUUUUUUUUUUUUUUUGAGAUAGGGUCUUGCUCUAUCACCUGGGCUGUACUGCAGUAGUACAAUCAUAGCUCACUGCAGCUUUACUCCUAGGCUCAAGUUAACUAUUCUUAAUCCUUUAUUACUAAUAUUCUACAAUUGCCUAAAAUGAGCUUUAUAAUGAAACAGUUCAGAAUGCUGGCUCAAGAACCUAUGUCAAGAUGAGCUGAAUUUGGGGAAAUUAUUUUAAGAAUUAUGACAAGCUAAUUGAAUUAGGCUUGUGACAAUGAGAAUAGUAUACAUGACAGGUAAAACUUAAAAAUGUUUAGAUAGUUGCUUCUAUCGAUGUUGCUUUAAUAAAAUACCAAUUUAGUUUUACUUGUGGCCUACCUAGUUAGUAAGAACUUUAACAGACUUUAUUGGGACAAGUUUACCGCUCUUGUAGGAGCUCCUCUCACAAGUAGUUGUAAUGCCGUAGCGUGAUGCUCAGGAUCAGUAGCUUGAGAUGUUACUAUUUUUCUCUUCAACUUUGACUUGCAGAGAGCCUCCCCUUUUUGGAUCCAGGCAUCUUUUCUGAAUCCUGGUUCCAUUAGUAUACCUGGUCUCCUAUGAUCCCAAAUCAUAGUCAGUGGUGCCUCAAACAUAGCACCUUCAGUUAAAGGCUGCCUUGGACUCUGAGGAAAGCUUGGUGAUUAUCUUCCUGCUCUACUCACCCCAAAAGGCAGAAAAGCAACACAGUCAGUCCUGUGCUCAUUUGUAAUUGUAAAGAUCAGUUAUAUACAUAUAUAUAUAUAUAUUUGUAAUGCAAGCAAGUAUAAUAUACUCAUUAUAGGAUCAAUUUAAGAAGUUUAAAAUAUCCCAAAGUAGAAUUUCUGUAUCUAGUCUUUUGUUUUUUUCAUGAAUAUAUGCAAGCGAUUACCAUUAAAUUCACAUGUGAAAGAUUAAUCUGAAAGAUUAGACCGUGAUAGAACUGCUCCUGUGAUUGGGGACAAGUAACAAAACAUCUGCUUGAAUUUUGUUUGUAAAAUACACUCUUAAUAUUUGACCUACCUCAAAAUGUAUUGAGGAUCUGUGAAAUGCUAAGUGCCCAAAAUUAAAUAUUGCUGAUUGUCUUUUUAUUAAAAGUAAAUUUCCUCAUUAAGCCAACCUGCCUUGUGUAAGUCACAGUGCUUAAAUCUCAGGAGUUUUCAUUAGGAGAGACCUGCCAUUAAGGAUUUGUAGGUAUAAUUGCUUAGCCUCCGUUAUUGGUGCUUGGGAUAGAGAGGUUUUAGAUUUUUCUGUUUUGUGUUCUGCCUCAAAGUUCAGUUUAUUGAAGACAUUUGUAAGCUACUGAAUCACUUGAAUCAAGAUUUUGACUAGUGAGCUUAAUUGUCCAUUUCUUAUGAUUUCAAAGUUAUAGUCUGAGAAAUGGCUAAUUUUAAUAACUGUCCUAUUAUAAAUUAAUGUUGGAAUAAACUGAAGUUAGAGAUAAAUACUUCAUGAAAACUGGCUAAAGUCUGAAAUCACUUGUUUUAUGUCCAAUAGCAACUACAUUUGGUAGAACAGUUUUGAGAAACAUUUCAUUCUUGAAGGCAACAUCUGACAUGGUUCUCAGCAAGUUGGAAUGGUAAGGAUUGUUGGGUUGUUUUGAUGAGUGGAAGCAGCAUGUUUGUAGCAUACAAGUUAUUCAAUAAUCUUGUGCUGUUGACCUAAAAAUAUGUCUUAACUAUUCAUCAAGGCAAGCCUGGUGAAGCCUUUACUUGUUACUACUUCAACAGUUGGAAUUAGUUGCUCUUUUUACUUGAUGAAACUAUACCUCUGAUUAUUUAUGGAUAUUUUUUACUAAAUCAGGCUUGUGUUUGUAAUCCAACUGAGUAAAGUUUUAUGGAAGCUGAAAUGUAAUACAGUAAUCUCCCCUUAUCUGCAAGAGACACAUUCCAAGACCCCCAGUGGACACCUGAAACCUCAGAUAGUAUUGAACCCCUUAUAAUACAGUCGACUCCCCCUAUCUGCAGGAGGUACAUUCCAAGAUCCCUAGUGGGUAUCUGAAACUUCAGGUAGUACGGAACCCUUUAUAGACUAUAUUUUUUCAAUCUGACAACCAAGGCGGCUACUAAGCAACUAUGGGGCAUGUAGUAUAUAGUGUGGGUAAGCAGGACAAAGGGAUGAUUCACAUCCUGGGCAAGACAGAGCAGGAGAUCAUAAGAUUUCAUCACUCAAGAUAGCUUGUGAUUUAUUUUAUUUUUAUUAAUAUUUUUGUUUGAGAUGAGUCUUGUUCUGUUGCCCAGAUUGGAGUUUAGUGGUGCGAUCUUCACUCACUGGAACCUCCACCUCCCGGGUUCAAGCGAUUCUUUUGCCUCAGCCUCUCAAGUAGCUGGGAUUACAGGUGCCCACCACCAUGCCCAGCUAAUUUUUUUAUUUUUAGAAGAGAUGGGUUUUCACCAAGUUGGCCAGGCUGGUCUUGAACUCCUGACCUCAGGUGAUCCACCUGCCUUGUCCUCCCACAGUGCUGGGAAUUCAGGCAUGUACCACCGUGCCCAGCUGGCUUGUGAUUUAAAACAUGAAUUGUUUAUUUCUGGAAUUUUCCACAUAAUAUGUUUGGACCAAGGUUGCCUCAGGUAACAAACUACAGAAAGAGAAAUUGCAGAUAAAGGGGGUUACUGUUCCUGUGCUCUAAUAUUGGUGUUUGGGUGCUCAGGAGCAGGUAGCCAAUUGGAAGAGCACUUCUGAAUGAUAACUAAAGCAGUUUCUCUGGUGGCCUUUUCACAUUCUCCAAUGUUCAAGCAUAUUUUCCACUUUAUAUUUUCUCUUUCACCUCAUUUUGCUUCGCCCCCCCAUCCCUGCUUAUUUCUUAAGCCCAUUGAUGGCACUCAUUAAAUUGUGUUUAGGACUAAUGAAUCAUUGAUCCUUAAUAUUCUUUUCAAUGUGACACAAUUUAGGACGCAUUUAAAAUUUUCUAAAACAAUAUCCUAAUCUGAAUAUUGACAAAUUUGAGCUACAUUCCCAACUCCAGUUCAGCACACACUGCCAGUCUUCCCCAAUAUCUCCUCUCAGCUCUCCACCAUACCUUAUAAAAUUGGAAUCAAAGAUAAUCUUGUUCUGUCAAUGUUAAUCUAAGAAUAAAAACACUGAUUUUAAUACUGUUUUACUAGUUUCAGCCUUCUAAGUAGGUAGGCAUCUUGGUAUUUUGCAGCUCACUGGUGGUUUUUAUAGCCGUUAAUAUGUAUUAUGUUAUUUUUCAACUAAAUCGCAGUUGGAAAAAAACAUCUUAUGUAUUACGCCCUUGGAUCUGUUACUGCAUCACUACCAAUUGUGAUGCAAUAGGACACUUCACCUGUACUCAAAGGGCCAAGAGUAAAUGCCUUGUUUUUGUUUUUUUGUUAAACAUGUCUAUAGGGUUGGCAGUUAAUGCUGAAUUUGUCAAAUAGCCCUUCCAAAAUUAUACUUGUAUUUAAAAAAAUAAAUGGAUCUACCUAAUUUCUAUUGGUUUAACUUGAAGUUUUGUCUUAUUAAAGUGGUAUGUUUUUCAGUGUACUCUUUCUGAAGUUGAUUUCUUUACAUUUCAGCUAUUACUGUAUGCAGAAAGAAACUGACUUGUAAUCUUUGAUUUUUUUUUCUUUUUUUUGCGUUAGUAAAGGCUUUGUACUUAAGAGAGGAUUAAAUGUUUUCAGAUUGUGA